AUGUCGAUUCAAAGAAGUUCAUCGAUCCCUCUAAUGGUCGAGAAAACACUCACCGAAAUGGUGAAACCCUCAAAACACAUACCUUCGCAUACUCUUUCCCUUUCAACACUUGACAAUGAUCCUUUCAACGAUGAAAUUUACAAGUCAUGUCACGUUUUCAAAGCCAAGAACCCCGGUUAUGAUGAUAACAAGCCGGAAUCUUUGGUUAGGAAGGCCUUAUCUGUUUUUCUUGGCUACUACUACCCUCUUUCAGGGACUUUGAAGCGGCGGGAGACUGAUGGGAGGCUUCAGUUGAGCUGUGGCAGCGAUGGAGUCGGUUGUUCCUUCACGGUGGCUACUGCUAACGUAAAACUAUCUUUUUUGAAGUAUCUUGAGAACAUUGACUCAGAUACGGCCUUAAAGUUCUUGCCAGAGCUUCAAGUGGAUAAGGAUGGUUAUCAACCUUUUGCCUUGCAGGUGACCAACUUUGAAUGUGGAGGAUUCAUCUUAGGGAUUGCUUUGUCGCACUCAAUGUGUGAUGGAUAUGGGGAGGGAAAUAUCAUGUGUGCCUUGACGGAGUUGGCUGGCGGGAAGAAGAAGCCAACGGUGACACCGGUUUGGGAAAGAGAGAGGCUCGUGGGAAGGCCUAAAGAAAACGAUCAAGCUCCCUUUGUUCCCGGAGGCGACACGGCUGCUUCACCCUACUUACCAACUGAUGAUUGGGUAACCGAGAAAAUAAAUAUUAGAGCUGAGGGCAUAAGAAGAUUGAAAGAAGCUACACUAAAAGAUGGCGACUUCUCUAAUGAGGCACUCACUACUUUUGAAGUUAUAGGAGCUUAUUUAUGGAAGUCAAGAGUUAAAGCUCUAAGUUUGGAUCAAGAUGGAGUCACAGUUUUGGGUGUAGCCGUAGGAAUCCGAAGCAUAGUGAAUCCACCUUUACCCGAUGGAUACUAUGGUAAUGCAUACCUACCCAUGUACGUGUCAUUAACCGUUAAAGAAGUGGAAGAACAUACAAUCUCCGACAUCGUGAAGCUCAUAAAACAAGCAAAGAAAAAGGCUCACGACAAAGAUUAUCUCCAAGAAGAGCUUGCCAACACUGAAAGUAUCAUCAGUAUGAAUUUAUUUGUCAAAGUGGGGUUCUUUGGUUUGACGGAUUGGAGGAACAUUGGUAUUUUUGGAUCGAUGGAUUUUGGGUGGGGUGAGCCGGUGAAUAUUGUCCCGGUGGUCCCACCAAAUACUGCUAGAAUGGUUUGUGUGUUCAUGCCAGCAUCAAGGUUAGAACCUUCGAUGGUUGGAGGGGUUCAAGUCAUGAUUACCUUGCCAAGAGCUGCAAUGGUUAAGUUCAAAGAAGAGAUGGAUGCUCUAAACUAAAACUUCCUUAAUUCUCUUAUGUGGGACUCUUAAUAAAAAUUGUAAUAAGAAGCAUACAUCUAAUUUUGUUGAGAACAUUGUUAGAUGAUACUUUUUUUAUAUAUAUAUAAGCCGAUGUUUGUUACAAUGUAAGCCAAUGUUUAUUUACGUAAAAG